UUGAUUGUAGUACAAUUGUUGCACUUGUGCGAGCACAGUUCAAGAUGAAAUAUCUUCCAAUUGCUGUUUUUGCUCUUAUUGUUCCCGCGUUAUCGCGACCACAAGGACCUACAUCUCAACAAAAUCCUCAGUUAGCURCACAACARCAACAACAGCAAUAUCAACAACGUUCUCAAUCUAACACACAAAGUGGAAGUGCUACAACCCCAGUGUCUAUAGUGAGCCAAACUGAAGUUGUUGGACCUGAUGGCAGUUUCAAUUACAGUUAUGAGACUAGCAAUGGCAUUCACGUAGAACAGGGUGGUUAUGUGAAAAAAGGUGCGGAAGGGCGAGCAGUUGAUCCUAAUAAUCCUGAAGCUACUGGUGAUGUACAAGUGAUUCAAGGAGCUUAUUCUUACACUGCUCCUGAUGGUCAACAAAUUUCGGUCAGAUAUGUGGCCGACGACAAUGGAUUCCAACCUGAAGGGGAUCAUAUACCAAAAGCUCCAGARGGAAUUACGCAGCAGCAACAACAUCAAGAUUUUCAACAACAACCUCAAACUUUCCAACAUCAAGAACGUCAGUUCCAGCAACAGCAAUAUUCCAGCACUGGAAACAAUCCUAGUCAAUCAACUCAAGCCUAGAAACGCUACUUGAGUAUUUUUUGUAAUAAUGAGAAAAGUAAGUUUACAUGCUUUUUGUAAAAUAAAUGAUAUAUUUUUAUAAAUAAUUAUUAUUGUUUUAAGUGUACUUGCAUGCUGUACAUUUAAUAAAAAGAAUCAUAUU